AUGGCAAAUAAAGAAGAUAAGCCUACAGAGGAAAGGAAAAGAAGGGUGCCUUUAUAUCCAGGAUUCCCAGAAUUGGCUCGUUCAGAUGUCAGUGUCUAUCCCAGUUAUUCUGUACUAGGUGUUGCUUAUAGAGUUGUGUGUCGUCAUCGUUACCACUGGGCUAAGGUUGCACAACGUAAACAAUUUAUGAGUGAGCUUCAUAGUUUUGAAAAGCUUCAACCUAAUGCCCUUGGUGGUGUAAGAGUACACAGGGAAUUUUCGCAAGGAAUAUUGUCACACAAGAUUCCAUCACGCCGCUACAUACAAAAACUAACCCCAGAUCCACUAAAUAUGAAUCAAAGAAUGAGAGUUGAGGAAAUUAUAAGUGGAAGAGCAAACUUUGGUAAAAAAUGA